UAAUUAUUUUGGAAGCGUUGUUGAAGUUGCUACCUGAUAAAUCUUUUGUCCUACUACACUACAACAGGGAAUUGAAAAUGUCUUGUAGAAGACAAAAAGAAGAGUUCAAUGCUUCUCUGGACCGAAUCAGAAAAGAAACAGAGAUUCAAAGGGUGGCGUUUCAGUCAGUUCUACUUGAUAAUUCUGCUUCUAGAAGAGAGGAGCUAAUACUUAAGAUUCAAAACUUCAUUUUGAAAAUUGUGAAAUGUGCAGCGAACGAUGAAAUACCAUCCAUAAAAGUGAACCGGAGAUUUCAAUGGAAAGACUCUGAAUUCAAUGAAAGAUUAUCUUUAAAACCAAGGAAUGAAACAUCUUGUCAACAUAUUAAAUUUACAAGUCACGAAAGAAGAUUUGUGAUAAUAUGCUGCCUCUUGCGUUCAAUUCAUCGUUUGCUUUUGUCAAGAAGUUCGGUGACUAAGAGAGAGUUGUACUAUGAGAGGACAGAGCUGUUUGGCAGCCAGACAACUGUAAACACAGCAGUGCUGGACAUAUGUGAUCUACUGCAAGCUUCUUUGUGGGAGCUGCGAGUAUUGUCAACCUCCAAGGGACUUGUGGCUGGCAACCUAACAAUCGUUACUGCUGAUAGAGAGGUCAUAGACUUCUCUAAACCUGGAGGAGUAUUGGUGCCACAAGACGUGAAUGGAAUAUUAAAGAUUAAAUCCUCUGCCAAAUUCAUUCUUAUCGUUGAAAAAGAUGCUGCAUUUCAAAAGCUGUUGGAUGAUGGUGCUCAUGUGAGGUUAGGACCCUGCAUUAUUAUCACAGGCAAAGGAGAGCCUGAUAUCAACACAAGAUUGUUUGUCUGCCGACUCAGUCGGGAACUGGCAAUCCCAGGGUUGAUUUUGGUAGAUGCAGACCCUUACGGUAUUGAGAUCAUGUGCACCUACCGUUUUGGAUCAUUGACCAUGAUCCAACACUCGGCAGAGCUAGCUGCACCAGAACUGCGUUGGGUCGGACUUCAUCCAACUGAUAUUCAACGCUUGGCAAUACCAACUGUGCCUCUAACGAGCCUGGACUUUGCCAAAGCCAGGGAGCUCAGCCGUCGACCGUACAUCGUACAAGACGAACAGCUCUUAGAACAGGUUAACUGGUUGUUGGAAAAUGGCAGAAAGAGUGAGAUAGAAAACCUUACAGCCUGCUCUCAAACUUUUCUCACCGACAUGUUCCUGCCUCAUAAGAUAACAGCUAGGAACGUUAUUUAGUUAGUUUAGUUCCCUAUAAUAUUUGACAUCAUUUGAAUGUCUUAAAAAAAAAGAUAUUUUAUAAAGUGUUGCACACUUUUUGACACAUUUCCUACUGUACUGAACUAUUGCUCUAAUUGAUUGUUAAUCAUGUUUCCUUUUUAGUUGUUA